AUGGGUUCCAGCAUUUGUUCUCGGUUACGAAAGUGGAGGAAAAGCCUGUCGAAAAAAAGGACCAAAGACGAAGAAACUGCCUCUUUGAAAGUCAACGAAGAGGUUGUUAGUAAAGACGAGUUCGCGACAGAAAAGUUAAGGGAAAUUAUUCGCGAAGAAGAUGAUGGCAUGAAAGUUGUCCUCUAUACUAAUGGGGAUUUAGAGGAAUUAAUAGCUGAUCUCGAAGAGCAGCUUCAAAAGCUUCGUUUCAAUAAACCAGAGAGAGAAAAACUGUGUUUGGACCUAGGGCAUGCCUACUUCAAAUUGUGCAAGUUUCAAAUUGCCAAAGAUUACUACGAGCAGUAUUUCAAUCUUGUGAAACGGCAUCGUUCGUUGCCGCGUUUGCAAAGAGCAUACUGCAACCUUGGUUGCGUUUACAGGAGGUUAGGAGAGUACGACAAAGCUGCGGAGUUUUUAGAGAGUGGUUUAGCGAUUGCUGAAGACCUUUACCCAGCUUCAGUAACUCUUGCUGAAAUAAAGCGUGAAUGUCCAGUUUUCGCCGACAACGUUUGCCCAUUUGCCAAGCUUCCGGAGGAGCAUAAAGGCGCGGCCGGCAAGUGCCCUGCCUUCCAGAAGGGCUGUCCAUUUAAAGAGUGUAGAACUGUUGGUGAGUUUGAAGACAAGCUUGGUCAGAUGCGAGACCAGUGCAAAGGUGAUGCUGCUUACGUGGAGUUUCUCAGAGAAACUGUUCUGACUGCCAAGGAGAAAGAAGCUGUUGUGGGGUCCGCUUGCCCGUUUUNCAAAGGUGAUGCCGCUUAUCUAGAGUUUCUCAGAGAAACUGUUCUGACUGCCAAGGAGAAAGAAGCUGUUGUGGGGUCCGCUUGCCCGUUUUUCCAGUCUAAGGGUGGCUGCCCGUUUGCUAAGGAUACCAGCAGAAAGCCGAUACUUUCUCCGGACUACAUCGUGAAAAUUGCAGCCUAUGAGGAAAGACAGGGAAGCAGAUUAGAUCUUGUGUCAAAACAGCCCAUGGAAGAUGAGCAGUGGGUGUAAAUAAUAAAUGUAACGGACCUACCGAGCAGUCUAGACAACGACUUUUAUUAACCGUGCGGAGUUUUUGAAACAAAACGUUUCACUGCGCUCAAGAUGUCAAGUAAGAAAUGUUAUGGCUGAUCAACAAACUGACGUCACAGUCUCCGUGAUACAUGUAUGUUUGCAAUGUCGAUCCCAGGCUCUCUCUCCAUUGCCUCCCUUGUCGAUUGAGAGCCUGGCAAAGAAGUUGAUAUUUUGGUGUCACAAACUCUAUCCCCGUUGCUUAUCGUAUUUAUGUGCCAUCUUCGGAAGAGUGUAUAUACUAAUUGAGCCUUGACUCUAUUGGAUAAGAACUAAUUUCCUAAUAUAUUCAGUUUUUAUUACCAAGUACGUACGCGAACUGAAAUAAACUCGUCACUUCAUUAUAUUUUUAUUAUCCCUGAAGAAGGCUUAUGUUAAUAGCCGAAACGUUGGGCUUUUAAAGAUUUUCACUAGCUUUUCUCAACCGGUGUAACAUUUUUAUAUUUAUCAUGCAACCACCCGGUUACAAAUCAGCUUUUUUAAUGUAGUUUUUUCUUUUCUAAUGGAUAUUUUAAUUGGCUUUUUUUCACUUCAGUGCUAAACGCUGUAUUUUAUCUUCUCGAAAAUUUAAACUAUCUUGCUUCGUUCACGCUUUCAAAGAAAGCUUAAAGUAACAUAAAACUAUACAUUCACGUCAUUUGAACCAUACAAUUUUAUAAACAUCACUUCGUUAUUCAAUAGUUAAAUGAAUACAAAAAUAACUAACUGUAAAAUAGGAUUAUUUUGUUACUACAGGAGGUUUUUUUUUCAGUUCGUUGGUUUAUCAUUAGAUUUUAGAGAUGAAGUUGUACGCUUAACUUUCAUACAGUAUGGAUGGUUUCGAGAGAUCUGUAAUGAAAUCUUUGAAUUCUCUUUCGCUCGAAUUCUCUUUCUGUCCAAGAAAGCUUGGGCCACCUCAAUGAAUAGUUUCUUUCCAGGCGAUUUAAUUCAAUUUCCCCACUAGCAUCCAUACCACGUUAAACCUGUGUUCACAUCGAAGACCCCCCGUCCUCCCUCAGGGCUUGGAGCUCAGGGUCCCCAUCUUUCAAUGAUUAAGCGCGAUCUACUCCCGCGGGAGGGGGGUACUAAACUAAUUUUUUUUACGGGGAGGCUCCUCCCCCUCACCCUUUUAUACACCAUUUUUACCGAAAAGAUUCCUCUUUUGUAUGCCUUUUAUUAGAAACGUACCCCCUUCACUUACCUCAGUACUUAAGAACACUGUAACUGCUGUAACCGGCCCGUCUUAUGAAUCUGAGUCUUAUUAGUCUCUUGUCAUUUUCAUGUAGUGCAAAUAAAUUAAAUGACACUGCCAUAACUUG